GUUAUUAAGAUUUAUUCGAUGCGUUCAUUGUUGUUAAGUUUUCUUGUUAAACUAGUUGUUUCUUAUUUUUGUUUGGUUAUGGCGAUGGAUGGGAAGAAACCUCGCAAUAUAAAGAAAUAUUGCCUCCUUGGAUGUCCAGAUUUAGGUUUUGUUGCAUCAGCUGGCACUUCAGUAGUGCUGGAACACGAUUAUUGGGUACCACGCAUGAAUGAAGCCCCAGUGACCUUAACAGAUUCAAAUUCAUCAAAAAAUAUUCCUGAUGAAGGCGAGAGCAUUUCUGUUUUUGCUAAGGGUUUGGACACUCAGACUUCUUCAUCAAAAGAAAAUAAGGAUCAAGACAAAUCAGUGAAAUAUACUAUUGCUAAAGUGAAGAGUACAUAGAAACAAGUGAGGGCAUUAAAAGCUAAAUUACAGAAAACAAAAAAACUACAGCUAAAGUAUAAAGAUAGAGUGGAAAGGGCAAAAAAAGUAAUCUCUAAUACCGGACUAUUAGAAAUGUGAAUGUUCAGUAGAGGGUGGUCGAAGUCAGAAUGAAUAUGUCUGUGGCUGGGUCCUAAAAAAGUGUAUGGUAAAAGUUGUAAGAGGAUGCAAAAAAUGUAAAGAAAUAAUAUUAUCACGUGAGAUGAAUCAAAUAGGUACCUAAAUACAAGCCAAAGAAUAUUACAAGACUACAAGAGCAUUUUGCUACCCCUCCAACAGUGUAGUAAAGUGUUUCGAAGAGAUACAAAAUAUAACCCCAAAAUUUCUUCAAAACGAUUUAAAGAAUUGUAAAAUCAGAGAACAAACAGAAUUACUAUGUAAGAGUUUUGUUACCUAUCCUUUUGCAUGUGAUAAACACUAAGAGAGCAUGAUCAAUUGUUUUACCCAAAAUACUAUUAAUAUUUUAAUAUUCAGUUGGUGCAAAUCAAUUAAAUAACAUACCAUGAUGAUAAUGACAAUGUAAAAUUAAAAGCCCAGGCUUAUUUUACUAGCCAUAAGCACAAAAAAUAAAAAUAUGAUGCGUAAAUAGUGUUUUAUUUUGAAAAUAUGAGGUUCAACGUAGGUAGAGAAUACAGCCGUAUUGGCUUUCUGCUAGGUGAAUCUAGAAGUUACUUAUGCGAGUUGCAACAUCUAACUUUAACGAUAACUUCGUG